UCAGGAAAACCCAACAUGACGCCCCCUUCUCCCUCAACACUGUCAGCACUGAUAGAUAUAACAGCAGAACAGAAAACUAUAGCAGAUCUCAGGAAUCAACUUGACUCUCAGAGGAAAGAAACUGAUCGUUUGCAGCAGACUCUGUAUAGUGGAGAGUUCUCCAACUUUAAGUCCGUCCCAGUAUCUCAUCACUCAGGGUUACCAAGUAGUCCAUCUAAAACAGGAUUUUCCACACUACCAUCUACAGAACUAUUCUCUGCUAGACGACCUGUAUAUGAUUACAAUCCCCCAUCACAUCUAGAAAAAGCUUUAAAAGAUUCCCAGGAGCAGGUCACUGAUCUCAGGAAAAGACUUCAAGAGAACAGUGAAACAUUUGAACAGCACAAGAGACAGUUUAGAAGUACUAUAGAAGAUCUGAAAGCCAAGUUACAACAGACUGUAUCUAACAGGGACUCUGUCUUAGAACUCAGGCAAAGAGAAUCAACUAAUCAGGAAUCAAUGAUCCAUAAACUACAGAGCUCUGUUCAUCAACUACAAGAAAAAUGUAAAGUUCAAGAAGAGGCUUUACAAGAUACAAAUAGAAAAAAUGAAGACAACAGUCGAGACAAAUACUUGUCAGAGACAGCCAUUAACCAAAUCAGGAUUCUGUUGGGAGACGUAGAGAGGAAACGUGGAAGGAACUACUUUGAUUCUGAUCCUGUAUCUAAACAAGUUCCUGGAAUGUUGGUUCAUACGUUAGAAAGAUGCUUACAAGAGUUGACUAGCGAGGCAGAAGACAGAAAACAGAAAGUUGAUGAUUUGGAAAGUGAAGUGAAGUCCUUGAAACAGACAGUAAGCCAAGACAAAGAAUCUUUAAUUAAAGAACAACAAGAAAAAGAACAGGAGGCAUUAGGAAUGUAUCGCAAGAUAACAAGUAUGACAUCAGAGCAUGAAAAGGAACUGAAAACUGCAUUAGAAAGGGCAAGUAACUCCAGAAAACAAACAACACAGCUACAGUCUCAGCUAGCUAUGUUAGAGGGACAGUAUGAGCAGCAGAUUAAACUUAAAGACGAGACAAUCACAGAAUUAGAGAGUAAAGUUAAACUGCUCAAGGAAGAAUAUAAUGAGAACAGGAUCAAAUGGACUGAAAAAAAAGAUUCAGUUGAUGAGACUUUGAACAGUGUACAGAGAGAUUUACUGAAGACAAGAUCUGAGAGGGAUGAAGCAGUCAGAAAACAAGCUACGUUAGAGUCUAAAUGUGAAGAGCUACAGAAAAAUGUGACCAGAGCAAACACUGACUAUGAAUCAGAAAAGAAGAGAAAUUCUGAGCUUCAACAAAAGGAGACAGAGCUUCGUGUCAGACAAACAGAUUUAGAAAACAAACUUGACGACAAACAGAAAGAUGUGGAUCGUUUGGAUAAAAUGUUAGAGCUUGUAAAACAGGAAUGUAACACACAAGUAAAUCAAAAGGAGCCAAUACAAGAUCCGCGUGUUUUUAAAACACUGAUUAAUUUUGCAGAGCGACAAGAGCGAGAAAGACACUUUGACCAAAUUAGUAACUUAACAUCCCAGUUGAGUAGUAUAACUGAAAAAUGUAAUAGGAUGAGUUUGGAAUUGGAGUUAAAUCGCUCGGAAAACAACAACCUUAAAAAGGAGUAUCAUGAAACAAGUGAUAAAUAUGAGUCAUUAAAGAUUCAGUUUGAUUCAAUACAAGCUGAAAAAUGUCAUGUGACUAACAUGCUUGAUGAUAAAAAGUCGGACAUCGAAAGAGUUAUACAAGAAAAAGACUAUUACAUGAACUUACUGGAACAAAGGAAUGAAGAACUGGCACAAGUGAAGUCGCAGAAAGAGAGACUAAACAUACAAAUAGAUGAAAAAGAACGAAACGUAGAAAUACUGCAGAAGCAAUCAAAUAACUUUACUAAUAUGAUAGAAAGUACAUCAAAAACAACAGAGUCUUUACGUGACGAGAAGGAAAACUUACUGGUCAUGGUGCAAGAGAGGACAAAAACUUUGGAAGAAUUAAAAUUAUCACGGGACACUAUGUCAAAGAAAAUGAAAAUACGGGAGAAAAGGAUUAAAGAAUUAGAAGAAGAUAAACAACAUAACAUGGAAGAAUUACAAAUACGAAGAGAAGAAACAAAUAUUGUUCAGCAUGAAAAAGACAAUUUAUAUCGUGAACUUAAAGAAAGUCGAUUUGAAGUGGCCACAGUAACUGAGGAAAAAGACAAAAUAAAAGAUAUUUAUGAAAAACAGAAAGCUGAUAGAGAAAGAGAAAUAAAUAGAAUGCAAUCAAGGAUUAAAGCUGCUGAACAAGAAGUCAAACUAGCCCAGAAAACCAUGCGUACCCGAGACUCUGCAGAUCAUCAGGCGGUAAAGGUUGCAGAUAAAAUGCAGAAAGAAGUUACACUGAAAAGGAGUGAAAUUGAUUCAUUGAAAACCAAGGUUCGGUGGUUUGAAGACAAAUUAGACUCUCUAACAAGGGAUCGCCAUAGUUUAGAAAAUGACAAAGAUCGACUGAAAUCUACGUUAAAUAAGACACUAACACACAAUCAGCAAUUAUCAGGUGACCUUGAGAUAUCACAGGAGAAAUUGAUGGAGAUGAAGCAACAAGUCAGUAAUCUGGAGAUGUUACUGGAUAAGUCAAAACGAAAUCCAGGGGACAAAGUAAAUAAAAAAUGUCCUGCAAAACCCAAGAAGGCUGCUACAAGGAAUGCUACAACUCAGGCUGAGAUAGAACAGUAUGAACAAGAGCUAGCUAGACUCAGAUUAAAACAUCAACUUGAUCUACAGGAGGUAAUACAGAAGAACAAAGACAAGUAUCCAAGUAUUGUUUACCCAAUCUCUCCACAUUAUCCUCAGGAGGAGUUUAGUCAAAGUAGUUCUAGAACCCAGGAACAACUGACAAGGAGUUCUGAACCUCAGUCAACUGGUAGAUCCUCAGAUUACGAUCGUCAAGAAAAACCUACCAGAGAUACAGAUGAUUACAGAGCUUUUGGGAAUGAACUGAAGUCUUUACUGACGGAGAUGAGAGAACUAGUAGAUGAGAAGAAGCAGAGCGCAAAUUAUGCACAGAAAGCGUCAUUACAUAGAUAUUCUAAACCUCCUGUACAAACUAAUAUCAACUAUAACCAUAAACAUGACAGCUUGUCUUCUGACACUGAAUACCAUUCCGAUGCUGAAGUAGACCGAACUUGUAAUAGAUCAAGGUCGAGGACACAUGAUUACUCAGCAUUUGUAUACAAAGAUAACAGAUCAAAGUCCACCUCACCAAGGAAUCGACACAGACGUAGCAACAGUGCAGAGUUAUCUCUCUUGCUGAAAAACAAAAACAUCUACAAUCCACAAGAUUCUCAUAGAAUUACUAACUUACCAAAUAGAUCUGUCAAAAUCAACAGUUAUACCUCAGAUAGUGUGACUGAUUCACGGAAUGAUUCAGACAUGUCUGAUCAACAAUUCCAAGUUCCAUUGUCACAUCCGUCCAGAGAAAAGCCAACACGAUUGUUACCAGACACACAGGAGUUGUGUAAACGUUUGGAGGAAAAGAUUGAAUCUCUUACAAAAAUGGGAGGCACCCUACAGAGAGAAAAUAAAGAUACUGCUGAAUUAAUGAAGAAACAAGGAAGGAAGUUACAGAAAGUAAAGGAUGGACAGACAAGAGGGAGAAAGUCAAAACGAUGAUACAUUUUUAUAUUAGGUCAUGUUCUAUUGUUUUUUUUAAUUUGAGCCAUUAGAAUUGAAUUUUGACUGUGUUUGACUUCAACAUGUCUGGGUUUAAUCUACAAAGUAAUACAUAUAAUACAUUUAGUUAAUCAUAUCAAGGCAGUUGUAAGUUAUUCACAUAGUGCUAUUUUUGUCAUGCAAGGACUGUUGCAGUAGAAGAAACAUAGCAGUACCUCUUUAAGUAUAAUUAUCAGCAACACUUAUAUUAAGUUAUCUGAUAAAAUCAGGAAUUAUUACAAUAAAAUGUACUAAGAACUUUCAAUAGUAAUAUCUUUUUGUUCAAUAUAUUUAUUAAUGUUUUCACAUUUUUGUGACUUUUUGCAGACUUGAAUUUUGAAAUUACCUCAUAAUAUUCAAUGUUCUUUUCUCAGUGGCAUAUAUAUAUAUAUAUAAAUUUCAGUUAUUGGGGAUCUGAUUCAUCUUUUAACAUAAAAUUUUACACACUGUUUUUAGAUCAGAUUAUAGAUGAAAAUAUCUGUGGUUCAUAAUCUCUCUCUCUUUCCUUUUUGUGCUUUUUAAAAAAAAACUUUUAAGUUACUGAGAAAAAAACCACUUAAAUAAUUAUUAGAUAUGAAAAGAAUAAUAAUCGUCAAAGCAUAAGAGCAAAUUUGAUUGUUCUAUAAUAUUUAUCUCUUAUUCUAACAUCUGUUUUCCAUAGAUUGUAUACAACAUCAGUAUCUCUGUUAUUUACCAGCAUUAUUUAUAACACAAGUAUACCUAACAUAAUAAUGUAUUCUAUGCAUACUUUCAAUUUUGUUUAUCAAGAUUAUCAAAUACUAUGAUAAAGUGUUAUAUGUCAACAAAGUGUGAACACAACUAUUUGUCCACUAUUACUGGACAUCUAGAUGGUUCCCUUCAAAUUUUAAUGUCACAAAAGAAAAUGUCCUGACACUGAAAAGUUAUUCAUAUAAGAUGUCAAUAGUUCAAGUGUCAUAAAUUCAGAUUCCCUAAAAAAAUGAAAAGGUCUAUGAAAUCUUAUGAUUUCUUAUGCAAACAAAAAACAUUGAAUCAUAUCCACUUAUUUGACAUGGAAUCAAAUACUUAAUACCAGAAAGAUUAACUAGUAGAGGUUAUGUUAACUAAUAUUUUUAUUUUAUUUUAAAACUUAGCCUAUCACCAGUAUUACUUUAAUAAGAAUUAAGAGUUUUGAAUGUAUAAGUAAUAUUAACUGAAACAAACUUUGUGAAAUCCUUAGAACUGUAUAGCUGUAAUAGUCAUGUAUAACCCUAUAUUUAGAUAGUUGAUGUUAACUUGUCGACUGUAUCCUAAUUUGGUUGAAAUGGCAUUAGCUGUCUAAUUCAUGUUCACUGGUUUGACCCGAAUGUGUGGGUAAUGUCCCUUUAAUACAUCAAAGUUUUUAAUUCCAUUUCCAGUUGAAGUUGACUUUUUUUCCUCUAGACAUAAGUGUUUGUCUGUCAUCUAUCACCCUUACUACUCAAUAUCAUUCCCAUUCAUCAGCAUACAAAUAAAUUAUAAACUAAAGUUCUAUGAAAGAGUUGCAAGUCAUACCCUGUUUAGUAGGAUAACAUUUUAUAUUCUAAGAAAAUUUACUGAAAAAUGUUAAAAGUAUUGUUAUGACACUGAUAUGACCUUAGACUAAAAUCAGGAGUGGAGGUAUAGCUAGUUUUAAAAUAAGAACCUUUCUUCCUUUGUUAAUUGUUUUCUUUAACUUUAAGUAGUGUUGUUCCGAUGAUCGGAAUAAGUCGGAAAUCAGUUGGUUGGGCCUUGCGAUGUCGAUAAUCGAUUGGGAUUUUGUUCAAUCGAUUGUCGUUUUAAAUUUCCGGACCUUUAGCUUGUCAACUUCCGGUCUGUUUUACGGUUUGCAUUUUAUAUGCGCAGUCAAACAAUGUUAACCAGUCGAUGACAGUAACAAUGUCAAACAUCCAAUAAUUAAAGAAUAAACCAAUUUCCUUCUUUAUAAACGUGACAAAAGCAUUUGCAGAUUGAUGGAAGGUUAUUUAACAUUAAUAACUUUGUAUGAAAUACUUUCUUUCAUUACCGGUACUUGUUACUUGAGAGCGGUACAAAUCAUUCUGAUUUUAGACAAAAUAAUUUCGUUGCUUCAUUAGAACGUGUUGCAAAUUGCCUUUUAGAAAUGUUUAUCCAUGUGUUGCAUCAAAAACGUCAUAUUCCUUUCCAAAUUGUUUGCCAAACAUCGUUUAUUGUUGUAAAUUUUCCGAAAUUUGUCCGCCAUUUAUAAAAAUAUAAGAAUCACGAAUCGGAUACGGUUCAACUAUGUAAUAAUUCCGCAUUCUUACAAUUAUAAGUUCAGACGUACGAAUGACACAAUUGACAGAAAUUAAUGAUCACAAGAGUGAAAAAAAACGUUCUUCACGAAUUAACAGACAAUGGCUUAAUACCCUUUGUAUACUGUAUAUCUUAUAAUGCAAAUGCAUUAUUUUAUUUUUUUGUGUUAAUUUUGAAUUUCUAAAAAUUAAAAACUUUAUAUAUCUUUUCCUAAUUAGAAGCAGAUAUAAUUUAGUACACAAGAAUAUGAAAAGGAAACAAAAAAUCAAAUAUGAAUAUAUAAACUCUGCAAUGAUAUUGAAUGUACACAUAAGACAUACAGCUAUGUUAUUGAAAUUGUUUUGUGAGUUACACCAUUGAAAUUUUGAAAUGUUAGUGUCACUGUUGGUAAUAAAUGUUGUAAUUAUGAGAUAAAAUAUGUUCAAUAUGAAUCUUGAUUCUUAUCAAGACAUUUCAUUGUUUUAACUGCUGAAUAGAUAAUUAUCAAAGGUACCAGGAUUAUAAUUUAGUACACAAGAAUAUGAAAAGGAAACAAAAGAUCAAAUAUGAAUAUAUAAACUCUGCAAUGAUAUUGAAAGUACACAUAAGACAUGUACAAUGAGACUAAAUACAUGAUUUCCUUUAAAAAAAAGGGCAAGGUAUUAUGAUCCGAUUAUAACCGAUAGUCUGUUGGUUGCUGUCAACCGAUUGUAAUAGAUAAUCGGUUGGUAAUUUCAACCAAUUAUCCAACACUAACUUUAAGUGAUCUGUUUUUAAACAUAUAUAUAUCAUUGUAAUCAGGCUUGCAAUUUUAUUUUUUUGAUAAACAAUAUGUUCUUUUGUUUUGUCCAUGGCACUUGAUUGUAAUUCAGUUUACCUUUCUCAGAAAUUCUCUGAUUAUAAAUGUUAUGAAAAGAGAUAUAAUAAAAUGUCUUGCAGAUCACCAUUUUAGAGGGGGAAAUUAUUGAUUUUCUUAAAUGACUGACCAAAAUAUAAACAUGCCUUUCAAACAAGUUUAAUAAGAUAUCCUUGCUUAAAGGUUAUGAAUCAAGCAGUGCUAAGCGAAAUUAAAAUUGUUCAGAAAUUAUUUUUUUUCAGUUUUCAGUCAGUAUAACAAGUUAAAGAUUCCUGCACUCAGACCUCCAACAUGGAGACAAAAGAGUGUUAAUUCUGGGUCUAAGCAUGACACAGGAUUGCUGAUUUUUUUAAAGCAUGACACUUGAAAGUAAAAUUAUUGUGCUGUGAAAAUGAAGUCUAGCGGGACAUGGAAAAUUACAAAAAAAUAAGAAUUAUGUACAUAGGGUAAGCGGGAUAUGGAAAUCUGAAAAAAACAGUAAGUGGGAUCUGGGAUCAGAACCCCCAAAUGAGACCCCCUUAAUUCUUACUAAAUUUCUUAUCUUUGAAAUCUGUCUAUAAUCAUCAUAGUUUGAGUACUUAUCAUCUUUGAAAAAUCUGCCUCAUUCUCAAGAUUAUAAACAGCUAUUUGUUGUUAUUUCCCAGUACAUGUAUUUAAUGAUGUUUUCCCAUAAAUAAAUUAACAUCACAUGAUUUGUUAUCAUUUGAUAUUUUACAAGAUGCCAUAUUUAUUUUAUAUUUAAAUAUUGUCUGUGAUAUUGUUUGUGUGAUAUAUUUGAACAUUUGACUGUAUAUUUUUAGGUUGUUGUAUUUGUGAUAUAUCAGAUUGUGUUAGUGAUAUUUGUAUCAUGUCAUGUCUCUACAUAUCACUAUAUCAAGGUAUAAGUGUUAGCUGUAUAUUGAACAAUUUUUAUUGUAAGUUAGUAUAUUUUUAUUCUCUUGAAUCUGAGAUAUAUAUUGCCAAGUUUAAUAUAGUUGCAGAUAUUAACUAUAUAUCAAACAAAUACUGAUAUGAAAAAUAUUUUAAAGCAUGGAUAACUAAUCACUUCAUUAAAUAAAUACUAUAAGUUCUGUAAUAUAUGCAUGCAUUUUAACGUAUGGAACAUGAAUUCUGUGAAAUAAAUUAAAAACAAACUUCACUCUGUAUUUGUGUUUAUGUAAAAAUAUUUUUGGACCUGCAAGGAACAGAGUAAAAACAAAAAAGCAAGUAGUGUAGAUAUUAUAUAGAAAACUCUAUGGUGAAUAAAGAAUUGAUCAUAUGUUCUUUUUUGUAGCUUCUUCAAUUAAAAUUUAUUUGUUUUGAUUUUCAAUAUAUAGGGGAAAUGAAACAAAGGAUUCCUCAAAAGAAAAUGUAAAUAAAAAAAGACAAUUUUCUGACUGCAUGUUCGAUGAAUGACAAGUUAUUUUAUGGAAUGUUACUAUUGAGGGUCCUCAUAACUAAAAAAAUUGGUCAAAAUUCAAUAUCUUAGUGUUUUAAAAUUGGUUUCUCUCUUUUGAUAAGAGCAAUAGUCUUACAGUUUUUGAUUAUGCAUUCAUGCAGUAAAACACAUGAAACUAGCCUCAUAUCAAAUAUAUUUUAUGAAAUGUAAGUAAUCCUAUAUUUAUAUUUAUAAUAAAUCAGAGAUUUGUA